GGUUUUUGAACAACCCCUACUGGCUAAUCGUAGACAGUUGCACAAUCGUCAUUUGAAUAUUCAAAUGAAACAGAAGCUUUCGCAUUAAACUUUAUUGUUCACGGAUAUUGAAAAAAAAAAUGAUGAAUUAUAUACUUAACAAAGAUACCAACUAAAUGCUUUACAAUACGAUAUUACGUAUUUAAUUAUGGAAUUUAUCGAACUUCUAAAAUAAGUUCGAUCCAACGAUUUCCGAGUGAACACAUUUCCUUCAAGUAGCAUUUGCAGUCGCCGUUUUAGUUAUAGUUCUGUACAUAGAUCAAUUUAAUAUACAAGACGAAGUGAAAGGUUAGAGAACCGAAGAACCGUGGGCUUUGAAAACCGCGAAAUCUAUCUGGAAUACCGAGAACGGAUCGAUUGUAUUUCAAUUAGAAAGUAAUAAGAAUACUUUGUCCUACUAGUCCCGGUUUCCACUUGUCGACCUUGUUUGUGGUGGUUGGUGGUCAUUAUGGCGCCAUAACGAGUCUUUAAGGUUACAACAUAGAAUAGGCGUCAAGUUUGAAAACGGAAUGAUUGUCGAGAGGAACCUGUGUUUUGGACUAGUUGCGAUAGUACUAGCGAUUCUACCCGCUUCGGUCGAAAAUAAUUCGACCAGUGACGUGAAUUGUCAGUUCGGCAAAAGUUCGCGGAAACAAGUGAACGCGGAACCACUGAACGGGACAUGCCUAAGGGACAUCGUGAUUCGCCUGUCAAACGAGUUUCGCUCGAUUACGGACGCGGAACUCGGUUUGACAUCCUUUCAGCAGAUACUCGAUGCAAUGGAAUUCACAAAUGCCACCGGCAGCCUGAACACCAGGCUAUCCUUCUUGGUGGAUAAACUGAACAACAAGCUAUUGUCCUACGUUGAGAUUCUCAAGCAAAGCUACGACGUUGUUCAGUCGAUUCUAGCCAAAAAUAAAGAUCAGUUUACCUACUCUGCUAUCGGAGGAUUGGAUACUGUAUCCAAUAAACUGUCUGAUUUUUGUUCACAGAUAACACAAGUACUUGCAAUCGUAUUGAGAAACCAAGAAUUCAAGAAUAUACAUGUACUGCCAUUUAUGUACCCUGCGACGAUAUGUGGAUCUUACAGUUCCGAUCACAACAUCGGGCCCCUUCUAUUAUCACAAUAUUGUCCAAAGAAGAAUGUACUUUUAUUAUUCGAGCAUGGCAUGUUUAUGUCCGAAGGAGACAUUACUUUAGCUCAAAUAACGGCAGAAAGAAUAAUCGAUAUGCUGUCACAAAUGGAUUACAUUAAUGUCGUUGGUCUUUCCAGCAAUAAUUCCAUAUUUUGUAAAGACGGUUUGUUGAAAGCUACAGACAUUAAUAAAUUUCAACUGGCACGUUAUAUUCACAGUUUAUCAAGAAUGGAGACCAACGACACGAUUGAAUUGAAUUUCCACAAAUUGGUGGAGAAUGUUAAAGGUGAACUUGUAUUCAUACAUCUGACUAAUACUCUUAAAACUACUUCACAUAUCACAAAAAUAAACAACAUGAUCUCUAUGGGAAAGGUGAAAGGAUACCUAAGAACAAUACUAAUUCUAUCAGACCAGGAACCCCACAUAAAUCUAAGGGAAUACAACGAUAGUAUAGUAGUUCUUCCAAGUCAAAAUAUAUUAGCAUAUGAAAUAUCAAAAUUAUUUUCAGACCUGAAAUGUUCCGACGAACAUAAGAAAGAUUAUUACUUAACCGAUCCAUAUUUCGACUUGUAUAGUAAAACAAUGUCAUUGUCUAUUGGUCAAAUCACAGAUAAAGCAUUAAUAUCACUGGAUAUUCAAUUGCAAAAUUUUAUCGAUGAUAUAACAUACUUCAAUGCUGGUCCAAAUGUAUAUCCCGUAUUGUUUGAUAACAAAGGUGCAGUUUGGAUUCAUAAAGACUUUCCACGAAUGGAAACAAUAGUGGAACAACCCCUUAAAGUAAAACUACAACAUAUAGAAAAUAUUACUCCCGAGAUUGUGACAAUGAUGAUCGAGCAGUAUGAAGGGAUUGUGAAUGUAAAAACAAGACUAGGAGAACAGAAGUGGUAUCGGUGGAAACAUCUGACAUACAAGAACUUGAUAGUAUGUUUAGCGUCGAUAAACAAUGAAAGCACAUCAUUCGCUGCAAAAUUGAUGCCGAUGUUAUCUACAAACAUUUUGCAUCAUCGUCUUGAUUUGCUGAUACAAAGCCUCUCCGAUAAAGGCAUUCUCUGUGUUAACAACAAUAGACUUGAAACCUUGUCCACAGGUGUGGUUUAUCUUUCUCCAUGGUGUCUACAAUCGCCAAUGGAACAGCUUAAAUUGUUGGACGCGGGAUCAGCCGUAACUAUGCAAAGUUAUAUGGCAUACUUGAAAGAUCUAACGGGAGUCCUUGCUAAUCCUGGUCUUCGCCAUUCUGUUAAACCAGACGUAGCAAUAUUGACACAAAUUUUGGAGUACUUCAAAGGCAGACAUAUAGAAAGUCCAUUAAAUAAAUUCAUAAUACGACGAUACGUCAUUGGAACUAUGAGUGGCGUCUUAGAAGUAUUCCCGGGAAUCAUGUUGGACUCUGGCUAUGAUCCUAAAAGAAGAAUAUGGUAUGCAAACGCUUUAGAACAUCCUGGGAAAUUAAUUUUCGCACCACCGUAUUUAGGAGCCGGUGGAUCAGGAUAUGUUGUUACUCUUAGCCACACUGUCCAUCGUAAUUCCAAUUCAACUGUUCAUGACGAUGCUAUAGCGGUCUUAUCUAUGGACGUGACCAUGGGUUUUAUUUCGAGACUGUUGAAAGAAAUGUUUCCCUUUUGCAACGAGUCUACGGUAAAAUGUUUUUUGAUGGAUGACAAAGGAUAUCUGGUAUCGCAUCCAGCCUUAUUAGAACCUAAAGCUCUGCUGGAGGGUAAAGUUGAGCAGCAACAUUUGACUCACAAAGAAUCAUUAGUUGCAAACGAUAUAUUGAAUCAUGAGUUGUUCGUGAAGAAAAAAGUCUGCGCGAAUUACUUGAAUGGUACUAUACAAAGGUACUAUCAAUUUAAUACCUCCCUUGACGAGGUUCUCACAAAUAUACUUCACGGUGAACAUUGUGUCAAAUAUCAAGUGGCAGCUAUACCUGGAACCAAUGUAUUUUUGGGUGUAGUCAACGUGACUUGUAAUUUCCUAAAAGCUUUCUGUCCGUGUAGUACAAGGGAUCGUUCCUGUUUCAACUGUAAAAGAAUGGAGCAAACUGAAUGCGAAUGCCCGUGCGAAUGUGCUUUAUAUUUCUCUAACUGUGCCGAUUAUACCACGUAUAGUUUGCAUGAUUUAGAACCAUGUCCAGUAUCGCACGAGCAAGGGGGUAGCUCGCAAGUAUCUUACACGCAAUCUAUAAACCUAAAAACAUGUCCCUCCAUCAAUUGUAAGAUACUCAAGACGGAGAAUGAGUGCUUGGGCAUUGUGGGAUGUCAGUGGUGUCAUGUAGACAACGAUGGAGAGACGCCUUUGCAAGUUGGAUUCUGCAGCGAUAUGUCGAAAUGCUUUGGAGGAGUUCUUGGAUCGUCCAUGCCACUCAACGAUGGAACAUAUAAUUCUCAAUCGACUGAAGAAAUUGCAAUACGAGAAUGGCCAUCUGUUGGUUCGGUAGCUGGAGGGAUAUUGGCGUUUCUGUUAAUAUUGGGAGUCAUGUUAUUUUGUUAUAGAUUACGUUCUGUACAAUCUGGGCUGGAGCAUCAGUGUUUGCACAUUCACACGUCGCCGGAUAUCUUACGUAUGACGCAUCUAGAAGGUGACGCGGAACCCAUAGAUCUGGAUCAAACGAAAAAUAAUUUAGAUUCUCUUAUAAGGGACGGUAUAGCGCCCAUAUCACCGUAUAGAGUAUCUACGAACUAUAGAAAACCGCCUGGUGGUGAUAGCGAUCAUGGAUACAGUACAAUGACACCCCAUGACGACUCUGAACAGCAAACAUUCGUUGAGCCACUGUUGCUGGUCGGUAACAAUACCGAAUCGGAUCUAAGAAGACAAUCCGUUUGUCUUCCAUCUCCUACAACUCACUUAGGAUCUCCGCACCACGUUCUAGCCCCUGUCACUGUCCAUUGCAACAUGGAAGCAAACUUUUGCUAACACGGUAAAGAGAUACAUCCUACGAAAAGAAUUUUAUGUACUGAACUAUUGUUCCUUUUCAAAAGAACAAAUACUUAAGAGUUACUUGUUACUACAUUAUAAACCGUAAUGUAAAAAAUAGUUUCUUAUUGGCAGCAGAGUUCAUCAGUUUUAUAACAUUGUUUAUAAAUAAUUGUUUUUUUUACAAGGUAACAUAAUAAGCCCAUAGGACAAUUACCAGUUUAGAGUAAUUACUUAUGGUUACGAUAAUACAAAUACUUGAGUAACAGUAUUUUAAUGCUUUCAAUGUUACUUAAAUUACUAUAAGUACUCGUGACUAUAUAUUAAUCUUUUUUAAUGCAAUUUUUGUAUGAUAAAAAAAGUUAGGAAUUCCAUAUUCCGUCGAAUUAUAAAGCUGAUACGAGAACUAAGGCCAUAUUCGAUAAAAUCUUAAUCGUAUCUGAUUUUAUAUGCUUUAUAGUAUCUUUAUAGAUAGUAUAUCAUACUACCUAAGAUUUCAUUCAAUUUUAAGGUCGCAUCGUUUAUCAUGUCCAUAUCAUUGUAAAUGUGCUCGAAUGUCAUAAAAUGAUCAUAUAUUUUUUAUAUAAAUUAAAAACAAACUGUGUAAUUCAGGUUUCUCUUCUCUCUCUCUCUCUCUCUCUCUCUCUCUCUCUCUAUCUUGCACUUUGUUAAUGAAUUUAGUAUUAUCAUGUAUAAUAAGAAACUCAUCUUAUUUUUUUCACGCUUAACGAAAUCGUUCAAGACUAAAUGAGAUACCUCGCUUUACAGUUUGUCUUUUAAUGUAUUUAGAAAGAUUCUGUCAAGGACACAAACAUCACAAUGUAAUUAUUUAUAUAUUAUAUAGGUUACUUAGCAUUAUAUUUUUUAUAUUAGAGUUUAUUGAUCGAUAUAAACUUCCGUAGUUAUUAAUUGCGAAGCUAUUUACAGUUUUAUACAUCGCGACACUCGUUAAAAAAAAAGUGUAUACCAACAUUUUUGUACGCAUUAGAAAAUACGAAGACUUUUCUGCAGCUAAAAUGAUUACGAGCUAAGGGGUAGUCUCUUAGUCUUACAUUGUAUACACUCGUCUCGAUGACUACUCGUAACUUUAUCUUGCCAACGGUGUUCAACAUUUGUUGUAACCGCGAACGCGAAUUUUAUGCCGUGAACCGAGAUUGUACUGUAUAUUUUCCUAACUUGUAAAUGUAAAACAAAUUACUUUUUGAACGAUUUACAUGUUGUAUCAGUAUUUUCGAUAUUAAAAUAUAACUGCCGUUAAAAAGU